AUGGCGUUAGUAGUUCUACAUUACAAUACAAUGCGAAACGUUCAGACAAUCUUCAAGACAAUCUUCGAGACAAUCUUCAAAACAAUCUUCAAGACAAUCUUCAAGACAAUCUUCGAGACAAUCUUCGAGACAAUCUUCAAGACAAUCUUCGAGACAAUCUUCAAGACAAUCUUCAAGACAAUCUUCAAGACAAUCUUCAAGACAAUCUUUAAGACAAUCUUCAAGACAAUCUUCAAGACAAUCUUCAAGACAAUCUUCAAGACAAUCUUCAAGACAAUCUUCAAGACAAUCUUCGAGACAAUCUUCAAAACAAUCUUCAAGACAGUCUUCGAGACAAUCUUCAAGACAAUCUUCGAGACAAUCUUCAAGACAAUCUUCGAGACAAUCUUCAAAACAAUCUUCAAGACAGUCUUCGAGACAAUCUUCAAGACAAUCUUCGAGACAAUCUUCAAGACAAUCUUCGAGACAAUCUUCGAGACAAUCUUCAAAACAAUCUUCAAGACAAUCUUCAAGACAAUCUUCAAGACAAUCUUCAAGACAAUCUUCAAGACAAUCUUCAAGACAAUCUUCGAGACAAUCUUCAAAACAAUCUUCAAGACAGUCUUCGAGACAAUCUUCAAGACAAUCUUCGAGACAAUCUUCAAGACAAUCUUCGAGACAAUCUUCGAGACAAUCUUCGAGACAAUCUUCAAGACAAUCUUCGAGACAAUCUUCAAGACAAUCUUCGAGACAAUCUUCAAAACAAUCUUCAAGACAAUCUUCAAGACAAUCUUCAAGACAAUCUUCAAGACAAUCUUCAAGACAAUCUUCAAGACAAUCUUCAAGACAAUCUUCAAGACAAUCUUCGAGACAAUCUUCAAAACAAUCUUCAAGACAGUCUUCGAGACAAUCUUCGAGACAAUCUUCGAGACAAUCUUCAAGACAAUCUUCGAGACAAUCUUCAAGACAAUCUUCGAGACAAUCUUCGAGACAAUCUUCGAGACAAUCUUCGAGACAAUCUUCAAGACAAUCUUCAAGACAAUCUUCAAGACAAUCUUCGAGACAAUCUUCGAGACAAUCUUCAAGACAAUCUUCAAGACAAUCUUCAAGACAAUCUUUAAGACAAUCUUUAAGACAAUCUUCGAGACAAUCUUCAAGACCAUCUUCAAGACAAUCUUCAAGACAAUCUUCGAGACAAUCUUCAAGACAAUCUUUAAGACAAUCUUCAAGACAAUCUUCAAGACAAUCUUCAAGACAAUCUUCAAGACAAUCUUCAAGACAAUCUUCAAGACAAUCUUCAAGACAAUCUUCAAGACAAAGUGA